AUGAACUUAUUGCUGUUUCUACUUGCCACGGCAUUAUGGAAUUCAGUUUUGGGUUCCGAGGAAGAAUGUCCAGAAAGAUGUACUUGUGAUAAGAAGGGAUUCACUGUGGAUUGCAGUAGUGCUGGACUCAUUGGAAUCCCAAAAGGAAUCUCUCGAAAUGUCCGUAGUUUGGUCCUUCGAAAUAAUCGAAUUCACACAUUGAAACGGUCAGAUUUGGCAGGACUCACUCAAUUGGAGUCUCUAGUUCUAACCCAUAACAAAAUCAAAGUUGUGGAAGAGAACAUUCUCGAUGACCUUCAUGAGCUGAAACGUCUCUCUUUAUCUUAUAAUGAGCUCAUCUAUAUUCCGCCACUUUGUUCUGAUUCCCGUCCGUUGGCAUCGUUGAAUUUGAAAAGGAAUCGGAUUCAAUUCAUUGAUGAGCAGCUGCUUCAAUACUUUCCGGACCUCGUACAAAUUGAUCUCUCACACAACAGAAUUCAAUCCCUUCGAACCAAACUGUUCGAGAAUCUUCCAUCUCUCACUCAUGCUCAUUUACAUGCAAAUCCGUGGAACUGUGAUUGCAGGGUGUUGAAAGUGAAGGCCUUGUUGCGGAAAGUGGAGUGGGAGAGACAGGCGUAUUGUACAAAUCCCAUCGAGUUACGUCAUCAGGCACUAGAUGAAGUGGAAGACUCACUUCUGAAAUGUGCUAAGCCAGAAGAAGUAUCAUGGACUGGAGAAGAUUUCAAGCUGAUUUGUGCAAAAAAUUCCACCAAACCGGUGGUGUGGCUAUACGAGAACUCAGAAGUUGAUUCUUCUUCUUUGGAAGGUUACGAGAUUCACGACUCUGUGAUUACUCUACCACGAAAGACAAAUGUGAAUUCGAUGAGAUGUACUUUUGAUUAUGAUCACGUACCACAUCACCGACGCCUUCGUCAAACCCAUAACCAUGCAAACGGAGCACCUCAAUUCACCUAUAAACCAAGAGACAAUUCGUAUCGAGAAGGAUCCGAAGUGAAAAUAAAUUGCGAAGUUAUAGGAACACCAAAACCCAAUAUAAUCUGGUAUCACAAUGGACAGCGGUUCGUUUCUUCGAGAAAACGACAACUGGGUCUUUCGAAUAAUGUGCUGAGAAUUUAUCCGUUUUUGGAAGAAGAUUCUGGAAGAUAUACGUGUGAAGCUGUGAACAGUAUCGGAAAAGUCAGUCACACAUUCUCCUUAGAUUUGAUCAGUAGUAUUCCACCAAAUAUCUACGAGGGACCACAAUCUGUCAGUCAGAAUGUUGGAGGACAAGUCGUGUUCGUUUGCAAAGCGAAAGGAAAUCCAAAACCUGACUACACUUGGUCAUUCGAUGGAAGUACAAUUGGACAUAUCAAAGGACGUUUUAUGGUUUCUGAUGAUGGAACAGAACUUCGAAUUUCAAAUAUUGAGAAGAAAGAUGAAGGAUACUACUCAUGUAUGGCUGGAAAUCCAGUUGGUGCAAUGAGUGCUGACGCAAAGUUGACUGUAAUUGGAGGAGAGACAAAGAAAGCGUCUGCACCACAGAUUGAUGAGGAACUCCUCAGAGCAAUAGCUCAAAAAGCAAGACAAAAUGUGGAGAGUGCAGUGGAGAAGACCAGAAAACAAUUGAAUCAGGAUAAAAUCACGAAUACAAACGAUUUGAAGAGACUUUUUAGAUUUUCAACUCCAAAACAAGCAGUGGAGUUAUCGAAAGCAAGAGAGAUCUAUGAAGAAUCAGUUAGAUUAGUAAGAGAACACGUAGAAAAAGGAUUGAUUCUGAAUGUUGAUGAAUUACACCCGAAGAAUGUUUCUUAUGAAUCAGUUCUCCAUGUAACCCAUGUUCAAGCUUUGAUGGGACUCAGUGGAUGUCACACUGGACAAUUCAAGAAUCCAUGCACGGACACCUGUUUCCAUAAAAAGUACAGAUCGUUCGAUGGACAAUGCAACAAUCAGAAUAAACCAAUGUACGGAGUAUCUCUGAUGCCACUUCGACGUCUUCUCAAGCCUGUUUAUGAAAAUGGAUUCAAUACUCCAGUCGGUUGGGAGAAGGGAAGACUUUACAAUGGAUAUCCAAUGCCGAAUGUUCGAGAAGUUUCCAGACAACUUGUGGCCACUGAAACCAUCACUCCACAUCAGAAACUCUCAUCGAUGGUUAUGCAAUGGGGACAGUUUGUAGAUCAUGACUUGACACAUACAGUAACUGCUCUUUCGAGACACAGUUAUGCAACUGGAUCGUUCUGUAAUAAGACUUGUGACAAUCUGGACCCAUGUUUCAAUAUUCCAUUGUCUCCAAAUGAUCCCAGAGUGUUGAGUGGAAGUGCCAAAUACCCAUGUAUCGAAUUCGAACGAAGUGCAGCUGUCUGCGGAUCAGGAGAAACUUCUCUAGUCUUCAAUAGAGUCACUUACAGAGAACAAAUGAACGCGUUAACAUCAUUCUUGGAUGCCUCAAAUGUGUACGGUAGCAAUGAAGUUCAAGCUCAAGAGCUCCGUGACACUUAUAACAAUAAGGGAAUGCUUCGAUACGAUAUCACAUCGAGUGCUGGAAAAGAAUAUCUUCCAUUCGAGAAAGAUUCAAAUAUGGAUUGUCGUCGGAACUUCAGUGAAGAGAACCCGAUUCGAUGCUUCUUGGCGGGUGAUUUGAGAGCCAACGAGCAACUUGCACUGGCUGCAACUCAUACCAUCUUCAUCAGAGAACAUAAUCGAAUUGCAAAGAAGUUGAAUAAAAUGAAUGGAAAUUGGGAUGGAGAAGUGAUUUAUCAUGAGACGAGGAAGAUUAUAGGAGCAAUGAUGCAACACAUAACAUUCAAACAUUGGUUACCAGUGGUUUUCGGUUCACAGGACCAAGUGGAUAAAUAUGUUGGCAAGUACCAAGGAUACGAUCCAGCUAUUGAUUCUUCUGUUACCAAUGCAUUUGCCACAGCCGCAUUCAGAUUCGGUCACACCAUCAUCAACCCCACUCUCUUCCGUCUUGGAAAUGACUUCAUGCCAAUCAAACAAGGCCAUAUUGCUCUUCACAAAGCCUUUUUCACUCCAGAAUUAGUUCUGACAGAGGGAGGAAUCGAUCCCCUUCUACGUGGAUUAUUCGCAAGUCCAUUGAAACAUCCAAUGUCAACUCAACUUUUGAAUAUGGAACUCAUCGAAAAAUUGUUCAUGAAGGGUCAUGAGGUCUCUUUGGACUUGGCAGUUAUGAAUAUUCAAAGAUCCAGGGAUCACGGAUUACCGAGUUACACGGAAUAUCGAAAACUCUGUAAUCUUCCAGUUCCGGCUAGAUGGGAAGAUAUGAAAGGAUACAUUAAAGAUGAUAUGAUCAUUCAAAAACUACGUGGAUUGUAUGGAGUACCGGAAAAUAUCGAUCUUUGGGUCGGAGGAAUUGUGGAGGAGAAGAUUGAGAACGGUUUGUUUGGUCCAACUUUUGCUUGCAUUAUUGGAGAGCAGUUCAGGAAAAUGAGAGAUGGAGAUAGAUUCUGGUAUGAGAAAGAUGGCGUUUUCACACAAGAACAGCUGAAAGAAAUCAAAAAGGUCACAUUGGCGAGAUUGUUAUGUGACAAUGGAGAUGAGAUUGACAGAAUUCAGAAAGACGUAUUCAUGUACCCCGGAAAAGAAAAGGAGAAUUAUGGAACAUGUGAAGAGACGGAAAUGAUGAAUUUGAUGGCAUGGAACAAAUGUUGUGAUGAUGUUUGUCCGACGAUGUUGGAUAGGAUUCUGAGAAGCCGUCACCGUGGUUCCCGUCUUCACGGAUGUAAUCAAAAUGGCUUAUGGAGACCUGAAGGUGCCAAGUGGAUUCCACCGAAUGAGUAUUGUACUGAAUGUGUUUGUCAGGGAAGCCGUGUUUGGUGCUCAACUAAAGAAGACUGUUCUGAUAACCGAAGCCCAUUUAAAUAA